ACGGGUCGCUGCUUGGCUUUAGUCUUCAGAUCGCUAGCAUCCUCCCGCCCCGCCGAGCCCGCUUCCCUUCCAAGUUCCCCGACGCACCAAGACAGCCCGGCCCAUGCCGUUUCGGGACUGGCCCCCCUUGUCAUUCUCGUUUACCAUUGCUGUUUUCGUCGCAAGCGUACCCACCAUCGAUUCAGUAAGGCAGAGCCCUGCAGUGUGAGAUCUGCGGAAUCCAGAGAAAUGGGUCCUGGACGGCUCGAUUUUCUGCCCAAAGCCCUGCUGUCCGUCUUCCCCUUCUGCGUGGGCAGGCAACUGGCCCCCUGGCUAGUGUCUUUUCCCGUACACAGUACAAAACCUGUAUCCAUAUCUCGUCUAUUCGAUACAGAAAAGCAAGCACGGUCGAAAUGCUGCUGCCUUGAGAGACAUCGGGGCCGGCUCUGUGCCCUGGCGGCUCGUGACCCCGCUCGCGUUUAUGACAUCCGCAUGACCCGUGUGGAUCAUGACGGUGACGAGAGUCUCGAGACUCCGAGAGUCGAGACAUGCCUGCAAUCAUCUUUAGUCGCGAGGUGCGGCGACGGCAGUUGCCAGUUCGUAUACGGUUAA